UGCACUUAUCAGAAUAUCUAUAUAAACGAAUCACAGCCCGCCGUUUCAUUCAUUCAUUCAAGAUGUACACCCAAACUUUUGUUGUGGUACUAAUUUCGUGCGCCUUUGCGGGAGCCCAGUGGACGCCCGAUCCCUUUUGUCCUUACCCAUCAUACGAAGUCACCCGGUACCCGUACUAUGGCGACUGUUCCCUCUACUGGGAGUGCUUCGAAGGGACAAAGUACGUCAUGGAAUGUCCUGAAGGACUCGAAUUCAACGCGCCGCUGCAGCAAUGCGACACACCGUCGAUAGCCAACUGCGAUCCUCUUGCUUCCACCACUGCUAAUCCAAACCCACCCACUUUUAGUGUCGGACCGACGAGCUCGGAUGGGCCUGGACCCGACUGUCCGAAUUCAGAAGAAAUUACGUACUAUCCGUACGAUGGCGACUGUACCAUGUACUGGGAGUGCUACGCUGGUAAUCACUACCUCUACAAUUGUCCGGAUGGUCUCUGGUGGCACCAAGCCAUAAGUGAGUGUGACUACCCUGGAGAUUUCUGUGGCGCGUCUACACUAACAGAUGGUACCGGAUCAACUGAUAUUCCUACGACCAAAGGCACUCCCGAUCCUUUGUGUCCUCUUCCCGGGGACGAAGUCACCUAUUAUCCUUAUCCUGGCGAUUGUACGAAGUACUGGGAGUGUUUCGCUGGGGAUAAGUACGAAAUGACGUGUCCUGAUGACCUGUGGUGGCACGAGGAAAUAAGCGAGUGUGAUUAUCCCGGAGACUUUUGUACCAAUGAAAUUUAAUUUUGAAUUAUAUUAGUUCUGAAUAAAGAUGUUUGACGUUUAAAA